AUGUCAGAUCGAGUCGAGCAGUUCCAGGAAUCCGUCAAUCGUAAAGUACUCAUUGAGUGGGUACGAGUGUUAGGUUUACGUAAUCCACACAAGAGAACUUACGACAAGGUAUUAGCUGACUUUUCGGAAAAUAUACUCAAAUAUCCCAAGGACCGCCCACUAGCCUUUUCCUGGCCGACAGGCGCAGGAGUGCAUAAGGGCAUUCCAGCAAUUCGCGCAAAAAUAUCCUAUGAUUGUUGGCGUCACUUUCUUUCCGUAGGAAGGAAUAACCUUGCUGAGUACAACAGUACUCAUAACGAGGAUAUAAGAAUAGUGAGGGAACAGACAGUAAAGGUAUCGGAUCAAGAACGACUUGGACUUUAUAUACGUAAAUUCAUAAAAGACGUUCAUGUGGCUGCCCGACGUAAGUGCCCGGAAAUUGUUUUCAAGAAAAGCAUGCUACACAUCGGUAGAGAGUAUUCUAUGACGCCAACUAUGGCCGCGUAUAGAUUCAACAUAAACUUUGACCAAUGGAGUGGAUUACCAUUAGAAGCUCUCUUCAGUCCUUCUGAGAAGGAGUCAAUAGAGAAGGGGGAGGUCGAAAAAGGUGGGUUGCGUCUCACGGGUGUGAACCUUACCAAGCCUUUGCAUGGAGAAAACACUAAGGAGGGUCCUGAGAGAAAGAGGCCCCGGUGUGAAAUGCCUGAGGACGAACCUGGACCAUCUGGUAUACAGCAAGAAAAGGAAAGGGAAAAAGAAAACAAUUGA